AUGCAAGCGUCCGUCGCGAGUUUAGUACACACUAAGGCGGGGUCAACGUUCCAGGGUUAUCGAUGCUGGGGCGGCGCCGCGUGGUCGCGUGGACGGACGCCGGGGGUGUCGGGACGAGCGCGGACGCCGUCGCCAGCCCUGAUCUCGGGGCCGAUUGACCCCGCCGUUGGGGCUUUCGUCGUCUCCCAUUGCGACGUUGCGAUUAGAUUUGGACGAUGGCGAUGCGAGCAAAUAUUGCUUUUCUUU